AUGCAAACUAGCACUGGCGAUCCAAUUAAUCAACAUGAGUUUAUCGACCUCAUGAAUGGAUGUCCCCAUCUUGCAGAGAUUGUAUUUACUGAUGUCAAUCCCUUCUAUUACAUUCACUCCCUGUGUAGACAACACAACGUUAAACUGCCACAAUUGGAGCUCAUUCGCAUAGGAAGUCGUUCAGCCAACCACAUGCUCGACCAUGACUAUGUCAAUCUCGCAUGCAAAUAUCGUGCUACACUCAAUCAGUUGUGUGUCCAUGUUGCUACCUCAGAUAUUAUUCAUCUUGACUUGAGCAGUACUGCAAACUACCUGCGCCGAUUUCCUCGCCUCAAGUGCUUGUCACUCGAUACCUCUUGUCCUAUUGUAUUUGAUGCCGACAUCCGCGCAUGCCCUCAGUUGCAAGUGUUGUGCCUUAGAAUGCACAGUAGCAUUAGCUUUAAAGUGAUGAGUGAUGAACAAAACGACACUCUAACAGCUUUAAAUCCUGCCUCCCAACUCGAAACUCUCAAGGUCGAUGACCUUCUCCUAUCUCAACAGCUCUAUCGAUAUCUGAAGCACCGCUGUACUUUAUUGUCUCAUUUGGUUGUCAACCUGAGCUCUGAUGCAGACUUUGGUCCACUCAUUCAUACAUUUGGUGCUUUCGAGGACACGCAAGCUUUGACGAUUACCAACAUCUCAUUCGACAACUAUACCCCUCAAGCCAACUAA